AAUCCCUCUACGGACCCUUUUAAUUGUGUUUACUGUUUAAAGUUGAGAGUUCCUUCGUCGUCACAUCCUUCUCCGGCGACUCUGUUUCCGAAGCACCUCUCUCGCAGCUAAGAAGAGAAAGGCUAGAAAUCUCUUACUAGAAUCUUAUUGAAAAUUCUGCUUUUGCUUUACAUUAGGAUGAUGGGCAUAAGAACAUAUGUUGUUAAUCGAUGUCUGUGUUAUCGAUUCUCAAGUUUUGCUGGAUCUGAAAACACUACUAAGCUUUCUAAACCCCUCGGCGCUGCAAACAUCAUCCAUGUUCCUCACAGAAGGAAUCCUGAACCUAAAGGCCAAGAUCUCGAUUUCGUCAAUGUUGCUCAUAGUCACCUGAUUCAAUCUGAUUGGGAUAAGCUUAAUAAGCUAUCAGACCACUUGGAUUCGUUUAGGGUCAAGAACAUACUACUGAAGAUUCAAAAAGAUUAUCUUCUUUCUCUUGAGUUCUUCAACUGGGCCAAAACACAAAACCCAAGUUCUCACUCUCUCGAAACCCAUGCUAUAGUCCUUCACACUCUCACCAAAAACCGCAAGUUCAAGUCUGCAGAGUCAAUCUUGAGAGAUGUACUACUCGUGAACGGUGCGGUGGAUUUGCCUACUAAAGUCUUUGAUGCAUUGUUGUAUUCGUACAGGGAAUGUGACUCUACACCUCGUGUGUUUGAUUCACUUUUCAAAACUUUUGCUCAUUUGAAGAGAUUCAGAAACGCCACUGAUACUUUUGUGCAGAUGAAGGAGUACGGGUUUCUUCCAACGGUUGAGUCUUGUAAUGCUUACAUGAGUUCACUGCUUGGUCAAGGGAGGGUUGAUAUUGCUCUCAGGUUUUACAGGGAGAUGCGGCGAUGUAAGAUAUCACCAAACACAUACACUCUCAACAUGGUUAUCUCAGGUUAUUGUAGGUCUGGAAAGCUUGACAAGGGGAUUGAGUUGCUACAAAACAUGGAAAGAUUGGGUUUUAGGGCUACGGAUGUGUCGUAUAAUACAUUGAUAGCCGGGCACUGUGAAAAGGGUCUUUUGAGCUCAGCUUUGAAGCUUAAGAACAUGAUGGGAAAGAAUGGCUUGCAGCCUACUGUGGUUACUUUUAACACUCUCAUUCAUGGGUUUUGUAGAGCUGUGAAGUUGCAAGAAGCUAGUAACGUUUUUGGUGAGAUGAAAGCGGUUAAUGUGGCUCCCAACACUGUCACGUAUAACACUUUGAUUAAUGGGUACAGCCAACAAGGUGAUCACGAGAUGGCGUUCCGGUUUUAUGAAGAUAUGGUCUGUAAUGGGAUUCAGCGUGACAUUUUGACUUACAACGGUUUGAUAUUGGGACUUUGCAAGCAAGCUAAGACGAGGAAAGCUGCACAGUUUGUUAAAGAACUUGACAAAGAGAAUUUGGUGCCAAACUCGUCAACCUUCUCUGCGUUGAUAAUGGGACAAUGCGUGAGGAGAAAUGCAGACCGUGGUUUUGAACUGUACAAAAGCAUGAUUAGAAGCGGUUGCCAUCCGAAUGAAGAAACGUUCAUCAUGUUGGUUUCUGCCUUCUGUAAGAAUGAGGAUUUUGAUGGGGCAGCACAAGUGCUAAAGGAAAUGGUCAGAAGAUCAAUUCCUCUUGAUUCAAGGACUGUUCAUCAGGUCUGCAAUGGCCUUAAGCAUCAAGGGAAAGACCAACUUUUGAAAGAGUUAUUACAGGAGAUGGAAGGGAACAAAUUUCUACAAGAACGUAACUGAGAAGCAGAAGCUAUUAACCAAAAAAAUCAGUUUCUUUUUUUGUUCAGUGGAAGAAAAGAUUGAUGAUGCGUUUAUAAAGGAUACAGUCUCAUAA